AUGGAGCCUUCAAAAGAGCUCCCUCCGGCCCCUGUCGAACCCCAGGGUCCACCGACGGAAACGACCGCAGUUCCCGUUCAAGAGCACGAGGGCCAAAACCAGGAAUCUACGCCGGAAAAGCCUAUCGAGAAUCAAUUCUCUUCAGACUCCUUGCCAUUGUCAUCUGCUGAUGGGCCCGUCAAAACUCUUUUCUCACGCCCACUCGACGACUGCAAACCAUCGCCGCCUGCUGAAUUGACCCCUGAGCAGCAGACAAAAUACGAAACCAUUCUGAAAGCCGUUUCGGCGUGGACGGAGCUUCCAACUGCUUCGGCGAAGAAUUCACCCACGGCACCACUUACCGAUGACGAGCGCAUGUUCCUUACUCGAGAAUGCUUGCUCCGGUACCUUCGAGCAACGAAAUGGAAUGUCGCGGACGCGACACAGCGCCUUCAGGCAACUCUAACGUGGAGGCGGGAGUAUGGGGUGAAGGAACAUACUCCGGAAUAUAUCUCGAUCGAAAAUGAGACUGGCAAGCAGGUUAUUCUGGGAUUCGAUAAUAGUGGACGCCCAUGCCUAUACCUGAACCCAGCGCGGCAGAAUACUGAACACAGCGAUCGCCAGAUACAACACCUGGUCUUUAUGUUGGAAAGAGUGAUUGAUUUGAUGGGACCCGGUCAGGAGUCAUUGGCGUUGUUGGUCAACUUCAAGCAGACCAGAUCCGGUCAGAAUGCCACACUCAGCCAGGGCAGACAGGCUCUGCAUAUCCUCCAGAACCACUACCCCGAACGCCUCGGGCGGGCCCUGGUGAUCAACAUGCCCCUUGUCAUCCUCGGGUUCAUGAAACUGAUUACGCCGUUCAUCGACCCGCAAACGAGAGAAAAACUCAAGUUCAACGAAGACCUCCGACAGCACGUUCCUCCCACCCAGCUGUUGCAGGCUGUUGGCGGUGACGUUGAGUUCGAGUACGACCACUCCACCUACUGGCCUGCACUUAACGCCCUGGCUGCUCAGCGGAGAGAAGAAUACCGCGAAAGGUGGGUUAAAGGAGGUGGGCUCCUGGGCGAGUACGAGAACUAUCUCAAGGGAGGACCGGGCAAAUGUCGCGCAGAAACUGAGGCGGCGAGCAGCAUUGAAGUUGAGGAGAAGAUGGAGCAACUGAACGUGGACAGCUCACCGAUGGCUCAAACCCAAGCAGCGGUAGCUUAA